AUGAUCAAUGAAUUCUUAUAAAAUGCUUAUCAAUAUUGUGGAGAUUAACAUUAAAUUAUUUAGGGAUAUGUUUUAUGUGAUGAUUACAUUUCUGAAUGCAAAAACUAUACUCAAAGAUUUAAUUGUCCUGCAAUUUUCUCCGCUGAAAACUUUAAAAUAAUGACAUCAAAAAUAGAAAACUAUAAAUUAGUAAUCAUCUUUUCUUAAACCUUUUUGAUUGAUCCAUCUAAAUGCUCUUUCUUAAUAUCAACUAAUAAUUAAACUCUCCCCUUCUACCCUAAAUAAAUGAGCUAUAGAUUAAAUUUAAUAGAAAAUCAUAAAAUUACACUUUUUAAUUCAUAGAACAGAUACAAUCUAAGAGAACAAAUUUUCCUUAAUACUUUUGAAAGGCUACUCAAAACUAGAUCACUAAUACCUAUACUCAUUUGCCCAAAAUAAUUAUUAACAACUAUAUGGGAAUACUUUAUUUAAUAAGAUUGUUAUGUUGGGAGUCUUGAAGAAUUAUAAGAAGCGGAAAUGAUGUAAUAAAAAUAAGUUAAACUUGGAAAUGCAAUUAUAGCAAAUACUUUGAUUGAUGGAUGUGAACUUUUUCAAAAAUACAUUUAAAUUAAACCUAAGUUUUCUAAAAAGGAAAUUGAAUUUAAAAUCAUGGAUUUAACAUAGCAUAAAUUAGAAAAUUCUAUCUCUUAAUUUAAAGGUAUGUCUAUAAUGAUAAGAGAAAAUAAUGGAUUUAUAUAAUAAUUAAUGAAAUUUGUUAAAAAUAUCAUAUCAUAAUUUUUUAUUAGUAUUGAAGAAACAAUAGAUUUAUUAUUAGAAAAUGAUUUCGAUCCGAAAGAAUUACAUUAAAUAUUGGAAGGGUAAGUUGAAAAUUAAGUAAAUAAAUUUGCAAUACAAAUGCAUGAAUUUGCUUUGAUUGAAUAAGCAGAUUUUAUUAUUCUUUUUGAAAAAAUAAAAGAAAUAAUUUAUUUUAUUAAUAAAGAUAUAGAAUAAUUUAUAAUUAAAGCUUCAAAAUUUGUAGAUGAAUAAAUGUUAAAAGUUAAUUAAAUCUUUUAAGAUUAUCCUGCUUUAGCAAAUGUCAAUACAUUUUAAGCAAUUCAAACAGAUGCUUCACAAACGAUAGUUAGGGAACUUAAAAAUGAUUAUUUAAGAGAAAAAUCAAAUUUUUGGAGACCAGAAUUCAAUAACUAUUUUGAAUUUACAAAAAAAAUAUUGAUUUCUUAUUUAGAAUAUAAAGAAGAAAAAAUGAUAAAUCCAACAAUAAAUUCUAGUUUAUAAACAACUUUAAUUAGAAUGGGAAUGGAUUAAAAAAUGCCAAUAUAAACAAUAUAAAUAAUUGUAAAUAGAAAUGAUCGAGACUUUGUGAAAGAAAAAGAUGAACUUUUUAUUGAAAAGAUUAAUAUAAUAACAAGCGGAAAGAGAUCUGCAUUUAAAUUAUAUUUACAUAGUAAAGAAUAAAUAGUAUUAUAUAUGAACUAACAUCAAAUAGUAAUAGUUUCAUUUGAUUAUUUUAAUUAAAAAUUAUGGACAGAAGUUGAGAAAUAUUAAAAUUUGAAUAUGAAAUUAUCUUAAGGAGUAUAACAUAUCUUAGAGACAAACAUAGAAUAUGUGAAAAAUAUAAGAUUAUAUGAAUAAGAAGGUUGUGAAUAUUAGAUAGAUAAAAAUGGAUAAUCAAAAUUGAUAGUUAAUUUUUCAAUGAAUAUGGAUGAAUAGUUAAGAAAAAUGAAGAAAAAGUUUUGUAAUAAGAUAGGUUAAGCAUAAAAAGGUGGUGCUCCUAAACCAAUUGAUCCAUCAAUAUUAGCAGCAGGAGCAAUAGGAUCAGGAAUUGGUAUAUUGAUAAUUGAUUGUCUUGAUGAUAAUAUAUCAUGGUAAAAAAAAUUAUAAAGAGCUGGUUAUGGAACAGCAGAAACAACAGCUUUGGCUACUCUUUCAAUGAAUUUACCAUUUGUAGGAUUUUUAAUUGGAUAAACAUUUCUACUUUAUUCUGUUCAUAAAGUAUUUUCAAAUAAAGUAUUAAGUAUGUAAAAUAAAUUAAAAAAUAUGGGACAUAUUGGAGCAAAAGUAUCGAUUGGUAUUGGAUCAGCAAUGGCAGGAUAAAUAUUAAUACCUUUACCUGUUGUAGGAGCACUUAUUGGAAGUGUAGUUGGAGGGGUUGGUCUAGGAUUGUAUCAUAAAUUUGUUAUACCUACAACUAGAAAUUCAUUAAUAAGUAUUUUUAAUAGAUUAGAAUAAUUUAUAUAAAUUAAUGGAUAAUUAAAAUAUGAAGAAUAAGUUCUUAAAAAAAUGAAAAUAAAUCGUUCUCAUUUUUUUGAGAAUUAACCAAUAAAUCUUAACAAUUCUGAUUGGUUAACUCUUAUUUCUGUUCAUUUAGUUAAUAUAGUAGAGUAUUUAUUAUAGCUGUAAUUUGAAGAGCGAAGAAAAAAAAUAUUAGAAAUCGAUGACUUUCCAUUAAAAAUAGAAUAAUUUAUUGAUUUAGAAUAGAAGUAGGAUAAACUAUUAGAAAAACUAUCUAAAUGGAAAAGUUGCAGAGAUUAUAUUUAUAAAGAAAAUAUUUCUACUUUUAAAUAUGCUAAAUAAGUUGGUAUUUUUGUAACAGGCAUGAUUUCUAACUUUAAAAUCUGA